AUGCCCACCAAGCCCGUGAAAGACAGCGACCGCCAGCGAUGUCUUCGAGCGUGCGCCAACUGCGCCCGCCGCAAGGAGAAAUGCUCGGGCCAGGUGCCGUGCACACGCUGCCUGCAGCGGCGUGUCGCAGCGUCGUGUCGCAUGUUCACGGGCGAAGCCGUCGUCCCAGCUGCGACGAGUUGCAGUCGCAGUCGCAGUCGAAGCCACACUCCGCCCCAAAACCGCAGGAAACGGAGCAACAGCAGUAGCAAUAGCACCAACAGUGAUACGAGCAACAGCAACAGCAACAGGAAGAGGAUCGGCGUCGGCGUCGACCUGCAACAAGACGGGGAACCGCCGCUGCCAUUAGACACCAACUACACACGCACACUCCGAAGUGCAGCUGGUGAACUCAUCUAUCUGGGCGAUACGGCCGAUUCCACCCUCCUCCAGGAUAUUCGACGUCUUGCUCAGGACGUCGUCGGCGAUUGCGACUUGGUCAACAACCCUCUCCAACAUGACAUGUCCGACCCCAUUCCACAAGGUCCUGCGCGAUGGAUGGAUUAUUUGACACAAGAGGGGCCCCCGAAACCAAGCCUGGAUGAGGCAAAGAGCCUCAUCAAAAAUUUCCUCUGGGUUACCACAAGCUUCCUCAACCUGUUCGACGAAAAGGACCUGGUACAGCCUCUUGCAGCUUGGACCACAGCACCAGUGGGCUGUAAGCAGCAUCUCGACCAGGAUACCAUUUACUUUCUCAUCUUCGCCAUCGCUGCACAAGCCGAUCCUACCGACAAGGACUCUCUUGCCGACAAGUACUUUGCCUACGGCCGCUAUCUUGUAGCCUGCCACUAUUCCGAGGAGCCAAGCGUUACGGCUGUUCAAUCCUACAUGUUGAUUGCAACAUUCCUUCUCGCCGCUGCUCGACGUGAUGCCGCAUUCAUGUACACUGGCCUUGCGGCUCGCGCCGCGUAUGCAUUGGGGAUCCACCAUGAUGAUGUCGCAGCCUCGUUUCCUACCCAUCAGCAGAGGAUCCGCCACAAACUGUGGAAGGCGGUGCAUGUUCUGGACGGUUACAUCAGCGUAACUUUGGGAAGGAAACCAGCAAGCCGCCAAACGUAUGAAGCAAUAGUCAGCAACUAUUAUUCCUCGUGCUCUGCUUUGUGUCGCAUCUUUCAAGAGAUUGUCGACGUCGUCUACUCGGCGCAACUGGUUUCGAGCGACACGUUACAAAAGAUCAGUAACUAUCAGCGAGAAUGGACAACUCGUCUCCGCGAGGGCUUGAAGCACGAUGAGAUUCCCGUCACUGACUUCAUUGGCACCAGUGGCCACAAAAGGCUAAACUUGAGCCUCUUAUUCAUCAAGUCUGGUUACUAUUGGUCAAUCAUUUUGUUAUCUCGCCCGUUCCUGGUCGACUUUGCCUCCUCAGUUGCUUCUGCGGCCGAGACAUCGUCUGUCCCCGCGUCCCCGCCACCACCUGCAGCCAAUCUCAUGAUAUCUGCCUGCGUUGCCUCAGCGAUACAUCUCAUCGAACUUUUCCAGAAGUUGACAAGCGUCAAAAGGCUGCCAAAAAGGCUCCCAUUUGUGGUCAAUUUGGUUCAUACAGCAUCUUUGGUUCUUGCUCUAUCCGUAUUCCUGGAUUUUGAUCGCCAGGUGCGGAUAAGUCGAUACCUGGAAGCGGCUCGGUCUAUCCUUGUCCUGUUCCGCACUCAUGACCCACUAGCAAACUGUAAUGUGAUCAUCAACGAACGUUUGCAGCAAUGUUGCAAUUCCUACAUCGAGAAGAGAGAACAGAAAAGCUUUGAUCGCCAAGGCCAGCUCGUUGCUUCGUACUUUGGGAGUCUGGAAGAGCCCGAGACGCUGAAUAUUGACGCAGCCUCCUUCCCAUUUCCCAAGGGCGAAGAGAGCAGUACCAUCAGCGAUCUGUUCGGCAGCGAUUACGAUUUUGUGGUAUCAAACGACCCUACAAUAUCGCUCCUGGAUGCUCCGCAAUUUUCUAUAGGGGAUCAAAAGGCUCAAUCCGCUCCAACAAUUGCACCAGACCCCUACGACCUCCUCUUCCCUCCCGGCGACAGCCUUUUUACAUCUCAUGGUACCAGUUUUCCCCCGCUUGUUACCUUUGAUACACUUGACACACUUAUCGACAUAGCAUAUACAGCACACCAAUUUCCUCGUGAGUGA